UUCCUAAUAAUAGCCUUCUUUAUUAAUUUUUUUUUCUCACUACACUUCACUCUCUCCUCCUAUAUAACCCCUCCCAACACUUCCUCCAUAGCUUUCUUCAAUUAUACCUAACACAAUUGCAAUUCAAAUUUUCUUCAACUUCCUUCCAAAUUUUCCAAUGCUUCAAUUUUUCACCUUCACCUUCUUCUCCUUAUCAUCAUUUUCACUUCUUCUCAAUUUCAAUUCCCCCUCUGUUUUUUCUAAAUAUUAAUUACUUUCUACUCUAUCAAAUUCAAAAACAACCUUCAAAUUUUAGGUUUGUAAAAUUUGAAAAUGAACUAUCUGUAUCCGGUGAAAGAGGAGUAUUUGGAAUUCGAAGCAUCCUCGUCGACAACAUCAAUGGUGGGUGUUCCACGACCAAUGGAGGGUCUUCAUGAAGUUGGACCGCCACCAUUUCUAACAAAAACUUUCGAUGUUGUUGAGGAUCCCACAACUAGUCACAUAGUCUCAUGGAACAGAGACGGUGUUAGCUUUGUUGUUUGGGAUCCAAAUGCUUUCUCCAGAGACCUUCUUCCUCGAUACUUCAAACACAACAAUUUCUCAAGUUUUGUUAGACAACUCAACACUUAUGGAUUUAGAAAAAUCGAUCCUGAUAAAUGGGAGUUUGCGAACGAAGGAUUUCUGAGAGGACAUAAGCAUCUUUUAGCGAACAUUAAGAGAAGGAGACAAACAUCACAACCUAGUACUUCUUCAUCUUCUUCUUCUCAACAAUCAUCAUUUGGCCAAUGUGUUGAAAUUGGUCGUUAUGGAUUAGACGAAGAAAUCGAUCAUUUGAAGCGCGAUAAACAAGUGUUAAUGAUGGAGCUUGUGAAGCUGAGACAGCAACAGCAGAAUACAAGGUCUUGUCUUCAAGCUAUGGAGGAGAGGCUAAGAGGGACAGAAAUUAAGCAGCAACAAAUGAUGGCCUUUUUGGCUAGAGCUAUGAGAAAUCCUGCUUUUAUUCAGCAGUUGCUUCAACAUAAGGAAAGGAGAAAGGUGAUUGAAGAAGAUGUUACUAAGAAGAGAAGAAGGCCUAUUGAGUAUGGCGAAUCAAGCAAUAGUGUUGAAUUUGGGUUCGGGUUUGAAGUGUCCGAGUUGGAGGUUUUGGCUAUGGAAAUGCAAGGUCUUGGAAGAGGUGGAGGAGAACAAGAGCAAGAGGAAGAAGAGAUUGAGGUAGGUUUUGCAGAGCUGUUGAAUGGACAAGAAUCUCUGAUAGUUGAUAGAGAUGAUUAUUUGCUCUCAAGAUUGAUUCAGAAGAUGUAGAAUGGUACGAAGUAGCUGAUGAAUGAUGAUCAAGAAUCUUAACUGAAUUUGCUUUUUGAUUGAAGAUCCUAAUGGUGGUGAACCUUGUUGGUUUGAUAUUUUUCUUCCCUAUGAACUUUAGAAUUGGUUUGUACUUUUGUUAUGUGGUGAGAAAAAAAAAAGGCAUAUCCAUCAACGAAUUUCAUGAUGUUACAUGACAUAAUGUAGUGCUGUGUAAUUAGGUAGGUAGGAAGGUAUCUUCAUGUGUGCAAGAUUCCUUUCUCAUUUGAGAAACCAAUAUGUAAAAAAUCAUUGGGGACUAAAAUGUGUGAACACUAUGCUGUUGAGAAAAUGAGUGGAUUGUAUUUAUAGUGGAGAGGAAAUUAUAAAAUGAACAGUUGAUUUCACUUCUCUGUCCUCAUAUGAAUAGAUAGGAGGAAUGGAAUAAAAGACGUUGUGAAUAAGAGGUUGAUAUUAGAGAAGAAGAGAGAAUAAUAAUUUUGUUGAACUAUGUAGUAUGAAAAGAAUAAUCUUUGUUUAGUCAAGUAUAUGUUAC